AGGCGCUAAGUAUCGUAAUCGCGUACCACGUGCCGAUCAUAUACACCCCGCACUCGGCAGACGCGUCAGUCGCACACUCGCAGUCCGCACCGUUUCCAUCCCUCCCUGCACAAGUAGCCACCUCUCUCCUCGCACACGUCCAACAACAACCGCAUUCGCGGCCAGCGAUGUUCUCGUUGACCUCCAAAGACCGCGACGAGCGCCGCAGGGCGUUCGUCUCGCUGCUCGUCCUCGGCACCGUGACCAUCGCCGCCGUCCCCUACCUCCUCGUCCGCCGCCGGCUCGGCGCCCUGCAGACCGAGCUACGCACCACAAACACCCUGCUAACUGCACGUGCGCGUGAGAUGGUCGGGUUCCGGCGCACGCUCGCGGUGAUGCACGAGGAGAUGGGCAAGCAGAGGGCGGCGAACGCGGCGGCGAAUACGGAGAGCAUCCUUGAGGUGUUGGGAGAGGUGAAGGAGACAGUAGAAGGCCUGGGUAAGAGGGCGGUGGAAGAGGAGCUUGCACGGCCGAGGAGGGAAGAAGCAGACGCGAAGACCCACCAAUUCCUAGAGGAUGUCAGAUGGGCGGUGGCGGAACUACAGGAGGCGACGGUGCAGAGCGAAGGGCGACGCACAGAGCGGGAGGACGCGCGAUACGAGCGGAUCUCGACCUUCCUGAGGGAUAAUGACCAUGGGCGCAACAGGACCUUAACAUCUGCGCUGCAAGCCGUAGGCAGGUCGCUAGGCGACAUCGCAGCCUUCAUGCACGAGAUGGAGGUGCGACACGGAUACGUAACCAGUCCUAAUGACAGGCGCGGCAUCGAGCGGAUGCGGCAGCUGGCAAAGGAGCUGCAGGAGCUGCAGACCCCGCCGACCAGUGCGAACUCACAGGUGCGUGAAUCUCUAAUAUAGGCCAGGGACGACUCGCUGAGAUUAGAUUCGUCUCAUUCGCGGAGAAGACAGCGUCGACGGAGAAGACGCAGCCGGGUUCGCCGUCGCCUAAGGGAAAUGAACCAAGCGAUCUGCUAUCCCAUUAAUCAUCGACUACAAGCUUUUGGUAGGAGUGGGUAUCUGGAAGGAGGUGUAUCAUCAGAAGAGUGUACGCAUUAUCACAGGCCGGGCACACCGCGUCCGCACAUUUGUAGUCUAGUCCGCCCGCCCACGCACGAUCGCCGCCACAGUUCACUUCGUCCAGCCACUUUUUCGAGACUAAUAGCAGAAUGCAUUGUAUCAGUACCUAAUACAUCGCGAUCGAGGGGCACCACUAGGAUACACGACCUUGACGUUUUUCUGGUGUGGCAC